AUGAAGGUUGGAGAGAGAUAUGUGUGUGACGUGCCAGAUUGUGGAAAGUCAUUCUCGAGAUCUGAUCAUCUAUCUCGGCACAAGUUUAACCAUGAACCUCGCUCAAUCCACACAUGUUCAUGUGCCGGUUGUAACAAGCUGUUUGUCAGAAAAGACGUCAAGGAAAAGCACGAAUACUAUCAUAGGAAAAAGAUCAAGAAACAGAAACUAAAGUCAGCGAAGAAGCAGAAAAUAGUAAAGAUAUUGUCAGCAAAAAGUCCUACUGAUCCAGCUAAUGGAAUCGGGGAACUCGUUGGAAAUGAUGCAAGUGGAAUGAAAAACACAGGCAAAAUAAUGGAAGUGGAGAAUUUGAGUGCUCAGAAUGUUGAACAUUUAAGGUAUCCAACAGCCCAACAACACCGAAUGGAAGAAAGUCAAAAUACACACCAUCGUACUGGUAACAGCAUGAAUGCAAGUAGUAACACGAAUAACGAUAUAAUAGCUCAUUUUACUGUUGCAGAUCAGUACUUUUCCAAUUUAAAUCAAGAAAAUUAUAGUGCAAGUGAAAUCUCUUCAAAUUCUACCCAGAACUCUCUUUUGCCGACUGACUUGACACAGUGGCUCUUCAAUGAUAUUGAUUUUUUGAACCAAAAAAAUGUACUGAGUCCUUCUGGUACUUCUUUGAGCGGAGGAACGAAUGCUAACCAAUUGUUAGAAGGGGCAUUUUGCAUAUCUCCAAACUUUCCCCAAUACAGUACUCAAACUUUCAGCGGUACUGUCUUGAUCCAGAAAUUGUGUGAGUAUAUUCCAAAUUUGCAUGAAUUACUCUUUGGUGUAGAACAGCUACGUCUAUGUUUGGAUGUAUACUGGGCGGCAUAUCACGUUCAGUUUCCAAUACUACAUAGACCCUCUUUUAGUGCAGAUGAUGUUCAUCCUUUUUUGCUAUUGAGUAUGAUUAUGAUGGGAGCUGGUCUAAUGGAUGUCAAUGAUCCUCCUUCAGUGGCGAUCUUGCCGCUUUCUCAGAGGUUAGCAGAUUGUAUUGCUGUGCCUUUGAGAUGGCUCAUAUCCUCUUCGGAAGAGUUUGGGCUGCCUACUAAGGCAUGGAUGAUCCAAAGCUUAAUCGUAUUAGAAUCCUACGAAAUAUUGUUCUCAAGUAGGAAAUUGCACGAAAGAGCCUACUUACAUCAUGGACUUAAGAUACAACUACUUAGGAGAAGUGCAUUGUUAGGAGGUGAUCCUUUAAAUAGAACUAGUGAUGACACGAACUUGACAGAAGAGAAAGAUAUUUGGAAAAAGUGGAUUGAAAUUGAAUCUUUAAAGAGAGCUGCACUUGUCUCUUUCUAUUUGGAUACUGUACAUGCAACUAUCUUCGGUCACGAAAUUGUAUUAUUUGCCCAUCAGAUUAAAUUGCUGAUGCCUUGUGAUGAUAUGCUAUGGGAAAUGUCAGUCAUAGAUAAGAACAAUUUGCCUCCACAAACCGAGACCCCAAGAUUCAUUGUUGCAUUGACCAAGUUACUUCACCAGGAACAAUCAGAAGCGAGUUCGCUAAGUAAGAAAUUGCUUUUGGCAGGAUUGUUGACCAUAAAGUUUCAAAUGGAACAAAAAGACCUUCAAAUGACUUUUUUAGAUUGGAAAUCAGUAAAAGAGUCCUGGAAAUCCACAAUCUAUAAGGCCAUAGAUGUAUGGAGGGAUGCUGUGUGUCAUGGUGACUGUUGCGAUACUAGAAAUGCUUUCUAUUUGCCUCUGACUGGCGAACCGUCAAAUUUUGUUCGAGCAGAGCUAUCAUUGAGUGAUACGAAAUGUAAGUUCCCCAUUUACCAUCUAUGUCAAGCUUUUAUGAGGGUAAAGCAGUACGACAUGAUAAUAUAUGCUGGUACCCCAAGAAGAAUGAGUGUUAAGACUACUGAGAGAGAUUACAAAGUAGUAGAGGGAAGAAUUAAGGAAUGGUCCAAUUCAACUAAUGGAAAGAUUUCUGUACUUCAUUGUUAUAUUUUGCUAAACGAGAUAAUGUUCAAUGGUGGUGUUGAAUCAGUUUAUGAACCAGACUGUGAUUCCGUUCUUCACAGGCCCAAUAUUGUGGCUUCAGCAUUAUUUGUGGUUUGGGUUUACAACUAUUCUUUACAUGGGCCCGAGUCUUUAAGUCACAAAUUCUCUUUACAAAAUGAAAUCAGGGAAAGAGAAGGGGGUUACAGCUACAUCAAUAGAAUAUACCAUUCAUUGGUAAAGCACACAGGUGAGAAAACAUUAAAUUAUAAAGGUCUUGAGAAGUAUUCGAAAAUAAUUGAUGAUAUUCCGAAUAAGCACUAUUUGGUUGGGUUGUUGAAAUUGUUCAGGAACAAGUACAUUCGUUGCCGGUCAGAGAUCUGCCGGGAGUAUGCUGAACUACUCCAGAAUUGUAUUUUGCGUAGCAUGGGAAAAGAAAGGGAACCUUUCACUUAA